GGCGCCACAGGCUUGGCUGCGGUUUCUUUUCUGAGCUCAGAGGAAGCCCGAGGUCGACAACAGCAUGGCUGCGCGCGCGAACAGGGCUCCCCCAGCCGGGGCAGUGCCCUUGGCGCUCGUCUUCCUGCGGCUGAGCGUCCUGCCGGAUGUGGGCGCAGGAUCGCACUCUCUGCAGUAUUUCUACUGGGCUGUGACAGAGCCAAGUCCAGGAGUCCCUGCCUUUGCUGCCUCUGGCUUUGUGGAUAACCAACGCUUCAUCCACUAUGACAGUGAAGAGAGAAAGGCCAAGCCUUGCGUCCAAUGGCUGAGGGAGGAGCCCAAUUACUUUGAGGAUGAGACCAAGAUCUUCAAAAGUCGAAUGAAGAUUUUCCAGCUAAGCCUCAGAAACGUGCAGCAGUACUACAACCAAACCCUGAGGCCAAGUUCAAAGCCAGAGCAGCCACACAAGCCGGCAGGGCCCCACACUCUGCAGUUCACAUAUGGCUGUGAACUCCAAGACAACGGUGGGACCACAGGACACUGGCAGUAUGGCUACGACGGUGACGACUACCUGACCUUGGAUGUGGACUCUCAGCAGUACGUAGCAGCCUCACCUCUAGCCCGCUACACCAAGCAGAAAUGGGAGGCCAGAGAUGACUACAAGCAAAGAGACAUAAUCUACUUGACAAAGGAGUGUGCCCUGUGGCUGCACAGAUACUUGGAGUUCAGAGGGGUGAACUCCACACGCACUGACCCACCCAAAGCCCACGUGACCCACCACCCCACCUCUCACCGGGAGGCCACCCUGAGGUGCUGGGCCCUGGGCUUCUACCCCGCGGAGAUCUCACUGACCUGGCAGCGGGAUGGAGUGGACCAGACCCAAUACGUGGAGCUCGUGGAGACCAGGCCUGGGGGCGACGGAACCUUCCAGAAGUGGGCGGCUGUGGUGGUGUCUUCUGGGGAGGAGCAGAGAUACACGUGCCGUGUGCAGCACGAGGGGCUGCCCGAGCCCCUCACCCUGAGAUGGGAGCCUCCUGCUCAGCCCACCACGCUCAGAGUGGGAAUUGUUGUUGGAGUUCUUGGAGUUCUUCUGAUCCUGGGAGCUGUGGUCGCUGUUGUGAGGAGGAGGAAGCGCAGCUCAGGAAGAAAAGGAUGGAGCUGUGCUCACACUACAAGAAAAUGUGAAGGGGGUGAGGCCUGCGAGCCCUGGGGCAGUGUGGACAGAGCCCAUGGUGUGUGCACGCACCCCACCAUCCCUUCUUCAGUCUCGUCUCCCUUGGCCCUGACCCAACCUCGCUUUGUGCCAGGCAGGAACAGUGCUGGUUCUCGUGUCUUGUGAAGCGUGACACGGCUGCCUUACAUGUCACACGGUGACAACACAGUGCGUGAUGGGCCCUGGAAGGAGGGGACUCCCUAUGCCAAAGAAAGAAGCUGUAAAUAGGAAUAAAAGAGUCUAUUUUUUCGGGCCAGCGCCGUGGCUCAACAGGCUAAUCCUCCGCCUUGCGGCGCCGGCACACCAGGUUCUAGUCCCAGUCAGGGCUCCGGAUUCUGUCCCAGUUGCCCCUCUUCCAGGCAAGCUCUCUGCUGUGGCCAGGGAGUGCAAUGGAGGAUGGCCCAAGUGCUUGGGUCCUGCACUCGCAUGGGAGACCAGAAGAAGCACCUGGCUCCUGCCAUCGGAUCAGCGCGGUGCGCCGGCCGCGGCGGCCAUUCGAGGGUGAACCAACGGCAAAGGAAGACCUUUCUCUCUGUCACUCUCUCACGGUCCACUCUGCCUGUCAAAAAUAAAUAAAAGAGUCUAUUUUUUCAAAGA